AUGUGUCUGCAUCAUCAGGCAAUCUGGGUCAGGCUACAUGGCUGUAAUCUCACUGUCCAGUGUUGUAAGAGUUUGUCUUCAGUUUUACAAUCCUCAGUCUCUGUCCUGAAAGAGAUGGAUCUGAGUAACAAUGACCUGCAGGAUUCUGGAGUAAAGAUUCUUUCUGAAGGACUAAAGAGUCCAAACUGUCAGCUGGAGAUACUGAGAUUGUCUGGCUGUAUGGUGACAGAGGAAGGCUGUGGUUAUGUGUCUUCAGCUCUGAGUUCAAACCCUUUACACCUGAGAGAGCUGGAUCUGAGCUACAAUCACCCAGGAGAUUCAGGAGUCAAGCUGCUCUCUGAAAAUCUGAAGGAUUCAAACUGCACACUAGACAAACUCAAUGUUGAUCAUGGAGGUGAAAUCAGGAUUACAGCAGGACUAAGAAAAUAUUUCCAUCAGCUCACUUUGGAUCUGAACACAGUGAAUAAAUACCUGCAUCUGUCUGAGAGGAACAGAGAGGUUAUGGACUCUGACACAGAUCAGUCGUAUCCUGAUCAUCCAGAGAGAUUUGAUUAUUUGGAGCAGGUGUUGUGUAGAGAGAGUGUGUGUGGACGCUGUUACUGGGAGAUUGAGUGGAGUGGCGAUGUGUAUAUAUCAGUGUCAUAUAAGAACAUCAGCAGGAAGGGACGGGGUAAAGAGUGUUGGUUUGGAUUCAAUGAUCAGUCCUGGAGUUUAAUCUGCUCUUCCUCCAGAUACUCAUUUAGACACAGUAACAUAAAGACUUUUCUCCCUGUAAAGUCCAUCAGCUGUAGAAUAGGAGUGUAUGUGGAUCACAGUGCAGGAACUCUGUCCUUCUACAGCGUCUCUGACACAAUGAGCCUCAUCUACACAGUCCAGACCACAUUCACUCAGCCGCUCUAUCCUGGGUUUGGGGUUUAUUCUUCUGGAUCAUCAGUGAAACUGUGUUGAUGAUCAGAAUAGACUGAUAAGAGAUUCUAUCCAUAAUACUUUGAUCUGCAUGAUAUAUCAAUAACAGUGCGAUAUUAUAGAGUCUCUUUUUUUCCCUCUUCUUUACAUUAAUACUAUAGGUGAACUGCAGUCACAGAAAUAUUGUCAGGUUCUUCCAGUCAGUCACUAGAGCAGUAUUGGUGGAGUAAAAGUUUACAUAAAAUACCCUGCUAAAUAAAAAGAAAAAACAGAGAAUAUUUAAGGAUGAGUGAGAGAAACAAGGUGAAAAGCAAGAGAAACCCAGAAAAAAAGCAAGCAAGGCAAGGAUACUAACGGAGAAGUGGAUAUAUGGAAUUAUGAAGAAGAUGGAGACACAAUGGAGACUCAUUGCAAACAUCUGGAUGAUACAAGCAAAUACAAGACUUUCAAGUCAAAAAGGACAUCUCAAAGGACAAAUGGAAAGUGAAU